AUGCCAAAGAGGAGUCGAGGUGGUGGUGAAGACGACGGAGGUGGUGGCACCUUUCUCGCCACUUACGGUGCAGCGGCUGCCCAUGUUGAAUUUGGACCUGCUGGUGCCACUUUGUACUGUUGUUCUUUUUAUUCGCUUGCUGGAGAAGUGGUUUUCCAUGAUCAGGGCGGACCUGAAAUACUGUGCAACAAUCGUGGGGUGGAUUUUGUGCAGGCCAUUGCUGAUGUGAAUCUCCAGCAUCUUGAUCUCUACAAACUAGAUGUUGCUGUCUAUCCGAAGUUUUUUCCUGUGAAAACACGUGGUGUCCUUUCAGUACAGGUGACAGAGAUGAGGUGCGGCGGAUUGGUGAUCGGCUGCACCUUUGAUCACAGAGUAGCUGACGGUCACUCAGUCAGCAAUUUUAUAGCUGCAUGGGCAAACAUGACUAGAUCCAACCACUGCGGUGACAAUAAAAUGGCAUCAUCACUACCCUCCCCGGAAUAUCUUUCUUCAUUCCUCCUCCCUCGAAAGCCCAUCCGUCCUGAUUUAGCCAUGCACAACAAGUACGUGUUAUUCGAAGCCGCAUCAUCUGAUUCCCCACAGGCACCACCAUUAGUCCAUCUCCAAAGCCGCAUUUACAAGAUCAGUGCUUGCCAAAUUGAGCUUCUCCAGUCUCUGGCAGGACCUGGUCGAACCAAAUUCGAGUCCUUUAGUGCCUUGUUAUUUCGGAAUUGUAGUCAAUGGACGAAAUUUUUAGACCAUAAAUCCAUGGACAAUUAUUUCGGAAAUGUUUUGUCAAUUCCGUUUAGUGAUGCGAGCGCUGGUGAACUCAAAUCAAUGCCGCUUUCCGAAACUGCAGAUAAAGUGCGUAAAUGCGUGGAGAGCGCAUCGAAUGAUUUCAGGGGACUUGUUGAUUCGGUUGAGAGUCACCGUCCUUGUAGAGCAAUGUACGAGAUUUUUUCAUUCCAUCCAAGUGAAACAGAGGACGUGGCUGUGGUGAUAUCUUCGGGCCAGCGUUUCCCCAUCUCUAAGUUGAACUUCGGGUGGGGUUGCCCUUCGUUUGUGUCCUUCCUUUCUCCCUGGAGCAGCACCACUGGAUUAGUGAUGCCAAUGCGCAGCGCUGGGAAUAAUGGGGAUUGGAUCGUGUCCAUGCAUCUUUUCGAAAAACACUUGGAUUUUCUGGAGAAAGAGGCGCCUCAUAUCUUCAAACCGUUUAAUUUCAGCCCUCUGAAAAAAUUUAGAGAAGCGUCUAAGCUAUAA